UUUUUUCUUCGUUUCCAUCGAUCCUUCAAUCAUUCACUCAUUCAUUCGAUUCAUUUCAUCCAUUUCGAAUCACCUUCUUACGCUUCCUUCUCUUUCUUCUCUACGCCUACCUCCGGAAGCCGGUCUCGUCUCCCCACCUCUCUUUCGCAUUCGAAUUUCCUCAAAUGGAUUCCGAUUUCUGGACCUCUCGCCUCGCCGCCGCCAAACGCCACUAUAUGUGGCAGCAUCACCAUCCCAACUCCCAUUUAGAUCUAUUGGGAAUCGAUGAUUUGGAGAUGGAUGAUGACGCCCGCCCCCAUUUUCCCUGCCCUUUUUGCUAUGAGAAUUUUGAUGUUAUGUCCCUUUGUUCGCAUCUGGAAGACGAGCACUCUUGCGAGACAAGAGUCACGGUUUGUCCUAUAUGCUCAGUUAAGGUCAUGGGGGACAUGUUAAGUCAUAUAACGUUGCACCAUGGGCACUUAUAUAAGCUUCAGAGACGUCGCAGGUUGCGUAAAAUUGCCAUCCCCAACAGUCAGGCGUUGUCCCUCUUGAGCCGGGAUCUUCGUGAGGCCCAUCUGCAGAUGCUUUUAGGGAACAGUGGGUACCGUACAGGGACCACUAAUGCGCCUAGUGCAACUCAUGAUCCGUUUCUAUCAUCACUUAUUUUAAAUUAUCCUGCCUCUGAAGUUGAGGAUAUCUCAAAAUCCAUGCUAACCAGUGCCGAAGAGACGUCUUCAGAGAAUGUGGCACCUUUGCCUAUUUGGAAAUCGAGUUUUGAUCCUUCUUUGAGCCAGGAAGAGCGGGAAGAAAGGAUGAGACAAGCUAUUGGGAGAGCAGGCUUUAUGCGAGAUAUGCUUUUCUCGACCCUCUUAGAUGACUAAUGAAAGCAAAUAGUGAACGAGAAAAGGGGAGCCUUAUGCUCAUUGGCGCUCGAGGGUCUGCCGGCCAGGACCAGGAACCACACAAAUACACCAUACAAGGAGAAAUUCGAGAGAAACUUCGAUGGUCAACACAGUGUAAGAAUCUCCGAUUGAAUGGCAACUAUUGGGACUGGGACUGGGGCCUUCACUUCCAAGGAAAUUAUCAAUGCUUUCUUUUCAAACCUUCUAUUUUCAUUAUGACACAACAACUAGGUUGAACUAUCAUUUUGAAAUCGAUUCGAUGCAAUUUUAUUAUAGCGUGAUAUUGAAUUGGACUUUGGGGUUAUAAUUGAGAUCAAAGAUAUAAUAAUACCAAUGAUCAUGGAAGGGAGCAUUGCCUAUGAUGGUCACUGCCUUCAUCCUUUUCAAUUCA